AUGCCCCCCGAAGCUCUUUCAUCCGUACCCCGUAUGCCUGACGUAAUGACAGCGCUCCCAUCUGGGGUCGUAACUCGCAUAUUCAGCCGCCUGAAAUAUGUUCAGCUCGAAGCUGAGAAGAUCGCAGAGACACUUGAAAAGGACGAGGAAGAAAACGGCAACCAGUUCCUUGUUCUACUUCAAAUAAGCCCCCGCAUCUCCGAGCGACUCUUCGAGGACCAUGAAUGCCUCAAGGGCGUGAACUACCGGUUCGAGUUUGAAGGUAAUACAGGUCUUUUGCGCGUGAUACCAGGGUAUCGCCAUGAAUACACCACUACGGGACUCUUGCAAAAAGUCAAUCUGCAACUGGAUAGCAUGGGACUAAAUGAGCAAUAUCGUUGGGGCGGAGCGACGCGAUAUAAAUCCCCAUUACGGAACAAAGAGGGAGACCAGGUGUUCAGCCCCUCUGAACGUUGGCCGUCUAGCACCAGAUUGCAAUGGCCUACCGUGGUUGUUGAAACGGGUGUAUCUGAGAGCCUGCCAAGACUACUUCAAGAUGCUAGAUGGUGGUUCGGAGCCUCUAAUGGAGAAGUACGCAUGGUGGUUAUCAUAUCUAUCAAGAAGACCGCUGUACAUUUUGAACAAUGGCAGCUUGCUCCACCCAAUGCCCCUCGACCCUUGACCAGAGCCUACAUUGACAGCCUCCGCCGGAAUCCCGGUAACGUGCCACCCCUCCUCCAACAGCCGUUCAAUACGCAGCAGCCAUAUUCGCAUGCUGAAGUAGAUGUGACUAAAACGACAGUCGAUGGUACCCCACUGACAAUCCCAUAUUGUGCUCUAUUCGACGUUCCUGUCCGACCCCCUAACAUGCAAGAUGUUGUGCUUGAUGCACAAGACUUCCGUUUCAUCACUGCAGUCAACUUCUCUUGA